CUACACCCCUGCAGAGAGAAGGUUCGGCAACAUGUCGCAUCCCUCUGACCAUUCAACUUCUUUCCUCGUCGAGGGAAUGUCAUAGUCGACAGAACCUGCCAUGAAAAAUGAACCAAGGCAGGAUUUCUUUUACCGAGGACUCAGAUGACCUCCAACAAGCGGCUGUCGGGUGCGAUAAGCAAUUGAUGCGGAUGGCAACAGUCUACACACGGCACUUCAAUACUCCUCAACCCAAGCUUCCAGCUCGUAUUUCGGCCUCGCAAACAGCGGUGACUUCUAUUCACGACCCGUCUCGCAUCAGCACCUUGAAAGUUUUUAAGCUCACGGCGCCUCAAGCUGCAAAUAUUAUCAUUGUCAUCUGUCCCCACAGCGAUCAACUGUGGGGUCCUACAGGUCGGUUGAACUAUGUCCUGCGUUUAUUGAGGCACCACUUGGCACUUCCGAACCCCGCCAGUACUCGCUGGCGACGGUCCGCGUACUCCAAGCGACAGUUUCGAGGUGUCGGUUGGAACACGCAAAAAUUUUUAGGUCCGCUCAAGUUGACAUCGGAACUUGUUGCUGAUCAUUUCGUGAUUCCAUUCCCGCCUACGGUCAAAAGCACAGCUAUUGCGACUAACCAGGUUCCGCAACUCGGUAGGGACAUCAUUACUAUAAACACAGCUAUUACAACCAAGCAUGUUCCGCAACUCGGUGGGGAUCGUGUCAUCACUCAAGACUCAAACGACCAUGUGAUAGGCUCCACGGUGCUUUUGACGAUGCUCGGCCAGGACAUGAAGUACCUUUAG